UAGACCCGAUAGUAUUUCAUGACGGCGCGGCGCCCUUAUACAGACAUCGCGGCGCACACUUUGGAAACCUAAGCUCUAUGAUAUAUAAGGAUGAUAUAUAACUGUGAUAUCACAGAUUAUAUUAAACUUUUAAUAUAAUCUGUGGUGAUAUUGUAUUCUCUUCUGAUAUCAGGUGGAUUAUGAUUAUCAAUGCUUAUCAUAUCAAAUAAUAUUUUCACAGUAGUUAUAUCCAUAAUUCGUCUGAAAUUUAAUUCUACUUGCUGUCUAAGUGUUGAAUGACGAUGUAAAUGUUAGAAAAGGAAGUUAAGUAGUAGUUUGUAGAUUCAUAAUUGCUGUAUAACGAUCAAAUAUGAAGUUUUUAAAUUACAAGAACAUACUUCUCAUGUAUAAUAAGACUUUAUGGUCAAAUAAAUGUUUUUACUCAUCGUUUUCCAAACACCAGUAUUUAUUAAGUCGCUAUUAUUCUUCUAUGCCAGAACAUAGAAUUUGUAGUGCAUUGUUAAAUAAUUCUGGUGUUCGCUCCUAUUUGGACAGUCUUAUAUCCAAAGAUUAUUCCGAUAUCAUGUCCAAGUCUAAUGUAUCUGCAUUAAUUCUUGCUAUACGUAGUAUAAGAGUUGAUUUACAAUCACUGAAGGAGUUUGAUACAGAAAAGGAAAAAGAUGAAGAAUUUAUUUUACAGUUGCAAAAAGAGAAAGAGUCUUAUGAGAAACAAUUGAAUAAACUUGAACUUGAACUCUUAAAUUCUUUAGUACCCAAUAUCAAUGUUGAUUGUGGAGAUAUUAUGUUAGAAAUUACUGCUGGAGUAGGAGGUCAAGAAGCAAUGAUAUUUACACAAGAACUUUUUGAAAUGUAUAAUUCUUUUGUAAACUAUAGAGGAUGGCAAAGUGAAGUUGCUGAUUAUUCUCCUACAGAUAUGGGCGGUAUACGGCAUGCAUGUAUAAUGAUAUCAGGUAAUGAUUGUUACCGAUCAUUGCAACAUGAGGGUGGUGUGCAUCGAGUUCAACGUGUUCCAAAAACAGAAAAGUCUGGACGAGUUCAUACCAGUACAGUGACAGUGGCUGUUUUACCUCAGCCUGCCGAAUUAGAUGUGGUGAUUAAUGAUAGAGAUUUAGUCAUAGAAACUAAACGUGCAAGUGGUGCAGGUGGUCAACAUGUCAACAAAACUGAUAGUGCAGUAAGAAUGCACCAUAAGCCAACAGGUAUUGUAGUUGAGUGUCAAACAGACAGGUCUCAAAUAAAAAAUAGAAAAAUAGCACUACAAAAAUUAAGAGCAAUAAUUUAUCAAAAACAACUUGACCAACAACAAUUAUUGACGAGAUCUGUUAGAAAACAACAAGUUGGUUCUAGUGGAAGAUCAGAAAAAAUUAGAACUUACAAUUUUAAUCAAGACCGUAUCACUGAUCAUCGUUUGUCUAAGAAUUUUCAUAAUUUAAUGGGAUUUUUAGAAGGCAGAGAUUAUUUGGAUAAAAUAAUCAAUGAAUUACAAGAAAGGACAGAUGAAAUACUCUUCAGAGAGUUUGUUGAAAGUAUUUCUCAAAAAAAUUAAAUAUUCAUCAACCUGCAUUCAUUGAAAUUAUUAUAUUUAGUAUUGACUAAUGUAUAUUUUUAUUUAAGUAAAAUAAUAUUUAUUUAUUCAUUGUUUGUUAUUUUAUAACAUCAAAAAUUAAUGACACUAUCAAUAAUGUAUGCC